UCCAUCCACGUGGCAGAAAACCCAAUUUCCAAACAAUUCCAAUAUUAUGGCAGCAUCCAUGUUCAGUGAUCUCUCUUGUCUCUUCCUAGCUCAAUGACCUAACUCCAGUAACAACAGCAGCGUUAACCAACAUGAAGAACAACAACCCACAAACGAACUGAAACUGAAACAAGAGUUGUUCUUGUUUUUUUCGGGUUUACGAGGAUGGCUUGUUUGAGUCGGGUUUUAACGGUUUCUUGCCCGGUAAAACCGUUGUAUGGGUUCAGUUCUUGCAGUUCUCAAAAUUGGAGGAGGAGUAGAUUUGCAGAUGCUUCUAAUCAUAAAUUGAAUUUGAGAUGGAAAGCUAUGGCUUCAGAAUCAGAUUCUUCGUCUUUCGCUGCUUCAGUUGACUCUGAUUCUCCUGAUAGAAACGCUGCCGGGUUUUGUAUCAUAGAAGGGCCAGAAACAGUGCAGGAUUUUGCUAAAAUGGAAUUGCUAGAGAUUCAAGAUAAUAUUCGAAGUCGGAGGAAUAAAAUUUUCUUGCACAUGGAGGAGGUUCGUAGACUAAGGAUACAACAGAGGAUCAAGAAUGCAGAACUUGGAAUUUCAAACGAAAGCGAAGAGAAUGAACUUCCCAACUUUCCAUCGUUCAUUCCGUUCUUGCCUCCUUUGAGUGCUGAAAAUUUGAGACAGUAUUAUGCUACUUGUUUUUCUCUUAUUGCUGGGAUUAUCAUUUUUGGCGGCCUUCUAGCACCUGCGUUGGAGCUUAAGCUCGGUUUGGGGGGCACAUCGUAUUCAGAUUUUAUCCGUACUAUGCAUCUGCCCAUGCAGUUGAGUCAGGUUGAUCCUAUAGUGGCAUCAUUCUCUGGCGGAGCAGUUGGGGUCAUCUCAGCCUUGAUGGUGGUUGAGAUAAACAAUGUAAAACAACAAGAGCAUAAAAGAUGCAAAUACUGUCUUGGAACUGGCUAUCUUGCUUGUGCUCGGUGCUCAAACACAGGAGCUCUUGUUCUUAUCGAACCAGUUUCAACAAUCAGUGGUGCAGAUCAGCCUCUAUCAAGACCUAAAACGGAAAGAUGUUCAAAUUGUUCAGGAUCUGGAAAGGUCAUGUGUCCCACAUGCCUUUGCACUGGGAUGGCUAUGGCAAGUGAACACGACCCGCGGAUUGAUCCAUUUGACUAGACAUGUAUUGUUUCAAGCUCUACCUGCUCCUGCAUGCCAUUAAUUUCUAGGCUGUAAGAGCCCAAGGCAUGCUUUGUAUAUACAAACAGCUGGAGCUCCGUAUCUGCAACCUAAUUCUCCAUAACAUAAACUUUCCUUGUUGUAUUCUUACAUUAUAUCGCACGCUUCUGCUCUCUAUCCAUUGAAAACAAAAAAUCAAUUAUGCUAAA